GUCACUGCCGUUCUUAUUAUACCUCAGUGGUCACGGCUGUUUACACAUUUGACUGGUGCUAGCAACCACUGAGCUUUGGAAGCUUGUAGGCUCGGUGUUUAAUGUAUUGCAUCGGGAAAGAAACAGACAAUUUAUGCAUGGCAAUGUUGUGAGCAAACACGUAGCAUAAGUCCUAAAGAAGAGGUGUCAGUAUCUCGAGUCAAGAGAACAUCCUUUGACAGCGGGCGAGGGGAAAUCUUGGCUUGGGUUCGGUACACCGGCAUGGCAGCGGCAACAGUGGUCGAGAAUGAUCCGACGGCGAGCGAAGGCGGUGCCGCAUCAUUCUCGGAGCCGGAGGUCCACAGCCCUAUCUGGAACGACUCUCAACUUCGAAAGUAUCCUUUCCAGACCAGACCGAUUCCCAGACUCUCUCACACGGAUCCUAGAGCUGAGAUGCUCAUAAACAACGAGGAACCUGUGGUUUUAACAGACACCAAUCUAGUGUAUCCGGCUCUCCAGUGGGACAUCCCCUACCUGCAGGAGAACAUUGGAAACGGGGACUUCUCUGUGUACAUCGCGGAAAACCACAAAUUCCUCUACUAUGACGAGAAGAAAAUGGCCAACUUUGAGAACUUUGUACCCAAGUCUCGACGGAUAGACAUGAAAUUCUCGGAUUUUGUGGAGAAAAUGCAUAAAACGCAGGAAGAGGGAGGAGAUGAGAGGGUGUACCUGCAGCAGACACUGAACGACACAGUGGGCAGAAAGAUUGUGGUGGACUUCCUGGGUUUCAACUGGAACUGGAUCACCAAGCAGCAGAGCAAGAGAAACUGGGGCCAGCUCACCUCCAACCUGCUGCUCAUAGGCAUGGAGGGCAACGUGACGCCAGCCCAUUACGACGAGCAGCAGAACUUCUUUGCACAAAUCAAAGGUUACAAGAGGUGCAUCCUGUUCCCUCCCGACCAGUUUGAGUGUCUCUACCCCUUCCCUGUUCACCACCCCUGUGACAGACAGAGCCAGGUUGACUUUGAGAACCCUGACUAUGAGAGGUUUCCCAACUUUAAGAAUGUGUCGGGCUAUGAGACUGUGGUGGGCCCGGGAGAUGUUCUCUACAUCCCCAUGUACUGGUGGCACCACAUUGAGUCCCUGUUGAGUGGUGGAGUGACCAUCACUGUCAACUUCUGGUACAAGGGUGCGCCCACGCCCAAGAGGAUCGAGUACCCACUGAGAGCUCAUCAGAAGGUGGCCAUCAUGAGAAACAUAGAGAAGAUGCUGGGGGAGGCACUGGGAGACCCACACCAGGUUGGCCCUUUAUUGAACAUGAUGAUUAAAGGCCGAUAUGACCAGGGAUUCAGCUAGAGGUACUGCCUCAGAACUGUCUGUGUGUGUAUUUGUGUGAGUGAGUGUGCGUGCCCAGGUCUGAUUGUGUGUUUGUAGGUGAGCAUGUGUGUGCACGUGUUUGUGCAUUCGGACUGUUAAGCUAGCAGUGACUUGGCCAAUCAGCCAUUUUGACUGUUUUUAUUGUCUGGGAGCCAUAAUCAUCACAACUUCAGCCACCAGUGGGAAGACAAUAGUGGACAACGGACCAGCCAUGGAGACCCACAUUCAGUGUGCUGUCAGAGAGGGAUGAUCUGUGUAAACUACACAAUGUAGAGUUGUGGUAUUUUAGAGGGAGUGGAGUGAUAGGCAACCGCUGUAGAUGUCAAAGAAUAAACCCCCAAACACCCUCAAAGUGGAAGUUGCCCAUAAUUAACCACUGAUGCAGGGUCAGAUAUUGGACAUUUUAUAAUCACACCCAAUAGGAUUGGGGUUGGGAAAAUCUGAUCCUAGAUCUGUAGUUGGGGGCAAUUUCUACCUUGAACACUAAACAGAUGUGUGUGUUGGGUGGUUGUUAGUCAUAACCAACAAGAUACUCCCUUCGUCUAUUUAACCGCUCCCCUGUCAUUACAGUUUGUAACCAUAGCAACACACCUGCAGCUUGAAUAUUAAAUGGGGAAUAGCUGUGUAGUAACUAAAGUAGGCCUGCUUACUUUGUGACAAACUUCUCAAUUAAUUUGCCACACAUGCACCCUGAAAGAGAUAUAUUCUUGUUGUUCUGUUGACUAGGUCAGUAAGCUGAUUUUUGUUUCUGUAUGAUUGCUGAACAUUUCUAUGUUCUAGCUGACAAGAUUUUCUUUGAUGGUGUGUUUUUGUGUACAUUCAGGCAUAACUGAUUUUCUGUUGGUGUGUUAUUUUUGUUGUUGUAAAUCUGUUAUGAUACAUGGUACAAUUAAGUUAAUGAGGAUGGGCUUAAAAGUAUUUAAACUAAUUUCAAUUGCAGCUGCACAGUAAAAUAAGAAUAUAUUACACCCAACAUGCUUCCAGUGGAAUGACUGAAGACAUCUCACCAGUUUUGCUACUCAAAUGCAUCCUAAAACAGGGUUUCCCAAACUCGGUCCUGGGGCCCCCCCUGGGAACACGUUUUGGUUUUUGUCCUAGCACUAGCUUAAUGAUGAGUUGGUUACUUGAAUCAGCUGUGUAGUGCUAGGACAAAAAACUAAACGUUCACCCAGGACCGAGUUUGGGAAACGCUGUCCUAAAAAACAGUUAUGUUUUGCUCCGGUAACAGUCACACAAUACGCUAACCCUAUAUUCAUUUAAAUUCAAUAUAAUUUAAAAUAUAUUCUACUUGUAGUUAUUACAACAGUAUUUCUUAGUACUCGUACCAAGACUGUACCUAGUGGAUGGCGUGCGUGCGUGCGUGCGUGCGUGCCUCUCCAAUCUUACACUUCCCCUACUGUUGCUGUUUUUUCUCAUUUCUUUUUGGAAGGAUGUCAAAGUGUGUGUAGAGUUCAGUUGAAUUCCGGUUGUUAUUGUGCCAUUGUCAAAUGUUUCUAGUGAACACUUCACUUCAACAGGUGCAGUUUAGAGCACAGGACUAAUUUAAAGCACAUAUUGUCAGUCCUAGUGCUGUGUGCCAAACCAGGUGUGUCCUUACAGGGUUGGGGCUAUUUCAAUUUGGUCAAUUCAGGAAGACAACAACUGUAAUUUCAAUUUUCCUCAAUGAUUUUCUGUGAGGAAAAUGUGGAGUUGGAAUUUUAGUUUGCUUUCUUAAUGUAAACGAUGUUCAGAUAGUUGUGUGUGUGACAUUGGUUAUAUUCACUAUUUGACUUGAUUUUAAGCUGCAUCAUAUUCAUUUGUUAUUAAAACUAAUGGCCUAGUUAAACCAGACUGACCACGGCUGUGUGAAUAGUGAACGCAGCAUUCCGUCUGAUUUAACUAGUAGGCUAAUAUACUAAUGCUGCAUGUUCAAUUCCUACACCUUCAGUGACUGACAAAACAUUUCUAGAGGAGUUUCUAUGUUCUAGCCAUGUGUAUUAUAAUUAUUAGCAUUUUCCCAACAGCAUGUAUUGUACUCCUCUGGCUUUCCCCCCCAAAAAAUAUGGAAUCCAUCAAGCGGAAUGUUCAUAUCUUAUUGUUUAUAUUUAGGCUAAUAUUCUAAGAAUGUUAAUGUCCAUCAAGCGGAAUGUUCAUAUCAUAUUGUUUAUAUUUAGGCUAAUAUUCUAAGAAUGUUAAUGUCAAGGGAGUGUAUGCUUGAUUGUUGAUAGUAUAUCAAUAUUGUUGAUGAAUAGACUAGUUCUUCAAUGAAUUAUUAUUUGACAGUUAAGUCUGAGGUUAAAUUGCUCUCUUCUGUGUAUUUGUUUCUCCUACCUGUGUGCCUAGCUUGGUUAUGACAUGGCUCAAGAAACAGCAAGAACAAUGAUAUUUUUAUUUCAUUUUUGCAUUAUGUAGCUUUAAAUGCAAAACCUGAACAUGGUUAAAUAAACUCUUUGCUGUGUUUUUUUUAUUUUACAAAUACAAAACAGUUUUCUGGGUUCCUGCACUUGUAUGAUUUGAGUUUGUCUGCUGUAUGUAUUUUGCACUGAUUUCAAAAUGACUGCUGAACAAGGAGUUAUAUUGUUGUGCUAGUGGCUUUGUAAUAAAAUCAAACUUUUUUGAUCAA